UGACAGCAUGAUUUAGAGUCUAUGUAGCUUUGCUCUUUAACCCAUAACAACGCAUUGUCUUCAUUGAGCAGGCCAACAUCACUGCACUUUUAUGCAUUUAAGAAACCAUUAUUGGAAAGCUAAAAUAUAAAUGUACUUAUUGUUCUACCCGUUUAAUUGUAGUGUUUAGUAAAAUCCUCCAACAGCACAAGACUGAAGUAGCUAGUGCUUGUAGCUAGCACAGACUCAUGGAGUGCCCUCAUCUCAACUCCACUGUCUGUAUCACGGUGGAUCCGACCCGGUUCCCCAACGGUUCCCCCUCAUCAUGGUGCUGUACUGUUUGCCGGUCAAACAAAAGCCCAUGGGUUUGCCUGACCUGUUUGAACGUGCAUUGUGGAAGGUAUGUUAAUGGUCAUGCGAAAAAGCAUUUUGAGGAGAUUCAAGCUCCAGGUGGUGGUCAGCGCAAGCCAGAGAGAGAGAAGUGUCAGCAACACUCUGUGUGUAUGGACUGUAACAGUUAUAGCACAUUCUGUUACAGAUGUGAUGAAAUUGUAGUGAAUGACACAAAACUGGGACAUGUGCAGAGGGUCAGAGAGCAUCUUCAGAGUUUGGAAAACCCUAUUUCCCAUACUGACAGACAACGGAAAAGAAAGCUUUCUGACAGUUCAUCUCCUGACAACAAGCUGAAGAACGACAAUGAUGGCUCUCCUGCUCUUUGUGCCACGGGCCUGCGCAACCUGGGCAACACCUGCUUCAUGAAUGCUAUCCUCCAGUCCCUGAGUAACAUCCAGGUAUUCAGCUGCUAUUUCAAGGAACUGCCCUCUGUAGCCUUACGAAGUGGAAAAACGGCAGGAAGGAGGAUGUACCACACAAGGAGCCAAGGGGACAGCAGUGUGUCUCUGGUUGAGGAGUUCAGGAAAACACUCUGUUCACUUUGGCAAGGGAGUCAGACAGCCUUCAGUCCAGACGCACUCUUUUAUGUCAUCUGGAAAAUAAUGCCAAGUUUCAGGGGUUACCAGCAGCAGGAUGCUCAUGAAUUUCUCCGUUACCUGCUGGAUCAUCUCCACCGAGAGCUGCAGGGAAGCAAUAAUGGGUCACCCAGUCCUGCCUUGCCUCCUGACCGACCCAAACAGCCCUCAGAGAGCAAAUGCUGCAUAAAUGGGACCUCUACAAUUGUUACAUCUUUGUUUGGUGGUGUCCUUCAGAAUGAGGUGAACUGCUUGAUAUGUGGGACCGAGUCCAGAAAAUUUGACCCAUUCCUAGAUCUUUCAUUGGACAUUCCCAGCCAAUUCAGAAUCAAGACCACAAAAGACCAGCAACCAGGGCCAACGUGCACUCUGAGUGAUUGCCUUCGUAGUUUCACAGACCUAGAGGAACUCGACGAGACGGAACUCUAUAUGUGUCACAAGUGCAAAAAGCGACAACUGUCCACCAAGAAGUUUUGGGUCCAGAAAUUGCCCAAGGUGCUGUGUUUGCAUCUGAAGAGGUUCCACUGGACAGCGUUUUUGAGAAAUAAAAUUGAUACAUAUGUAGAGUUUCCCAUGCGUGGCCUUGACAUGAAAAGUUACUUGUUAGAGCCUGAAAACAGCUUGCCUGAAAGAUGCCUGUAUGAUCUUGCUGCUGUUGUGGUACAUCAUGGAUCUGGGAUCGGCUCUGGUCAUUACACAGCAUACGGACGUCACGAGGGUCGAUGGUACCACUUUAACGACAGCACGGUCACUCUGGUCAGCGAGGAGGCUGUGCUUAAAGCCAAGGCCUAUAUCCUGUUCUACACAGAGCAUAUUGAUCAAGAUCAGACAGUCUCAGAGAGUCACCCCAAGCUUUAAUAAAACUAACUGUACUUUCUCCAGCUUAGUACAACUGAUCAGUUACUGGACCUUCUUAUGUGUAUAAUCUGUCUUAUGUUAUCCAGGUAUCAUUUCCGCAUCACAAAACCUCAGUACAAACCAAACUGCUGCUUAUGUUUUAAUCUGACACAUUUCCGUUUAAUAGAUUGCCUCAGUUUUUUGUUUUCAUAUGUCACCAGUGUAAGGUUUGUUAGUGACUGAAAUGAGAAAUGAUUACAAAAGUAAUACUUUAUUCACAGCAAAAAUAGAUGACUCAAAUUGACUCUUGAUACAAAAUUCUUUACAACUGAAAAUCAGAUAUUUUUCUCACUUAAGUGUGUUUCUGUGUCAGACCUGAUGGCCUCCAACUCAAAACAAUGUUCUUCUGGUUGUUCCAGGAAAAUGUAUUUCAUUUAAAGGGAUAGUUUGCCCAAAAAUGUCAAUUGUGUUAUGAUUUACUCACCCUCAUAUUGUUCCAAACAGAGGGGUUUGUAAAUGAUGACAGAAUUUAUUUUGGGUAAACUAUUACUACAUUGUUGAUGGGGUUUUUUUUUUCAAGCCAAACUUGAAAUAGAUUUUCAAUAUUCAAUAGAUUUUACAUGACAAUAAAAGUGUAAUUUAUACCACAGAUCGGUAGUUGAUUCAAACAGCUGUCACCGUACUAAUGUGAACAUUACUUUUGAAGAGAGGGUCCACUAUCUCAUGUGUUUUGUGUCCUUUAAGCUUGAAAAUGUUUGAAAUGUACAGUUUCUGUCCAUUUACAAUUAAAGGGAUGCAGAUUGUGC